CACGGUCACGCCUCGGCAGGAAGUGACGACUGUGGCCACGAGCGUGACGAACGGCUUGUUCGAAAAUACAACAAGGAAGUGACCGUUUUAUUGUGAAGGAAAAUAACCACCGGAGCAAACAUCUCCUCGAAAUCGUGGGGUGGCCUCGCUCGGUUGUUGGGUGUCGGGGGUGGGCAAAGUCACCGUGGACUUGCCCGAGAGCCCGUUCGCGAUCGUCUCGAGGGAUUCUGCUUGUAGCCAGCUAGCUAGCUAGCGAUGAACACGGACGUGGAAUUUCACAUCAGGCAGAAUUACCCGUGGAACAAGCUCCCUGCUAACGUCAAACAGAGUUUGGGGAACUCUCAGCGUGAGUAUGACAAGCAUGUGCUCCUGUACAGCAUCCGCAACCAGCUGCGAUUCCGCAAUAACCUAGUGCGCCACGUGAGGAAGGAUGAGCGCAAGUAUUACGAGGAGCUCCUGAAGUACAGCCGGGACCACUUGAUGCUGUACCCCUACCACCUGUCUGACAUCAUGGUCAAAGGGCUGCGAGUCACUCCGUUCUCAUAUUACAUAGGAAUCAUGGAGGAUAUUAUGAACAGUGAGAAGAGUUACGACUCCUUGCCCAACUUCACUGCUGCUGACU